GAACGUUUCGCAUCAGUAGUAGACGAGAACGGCCGCAUCCAGAAUGGCGAGCGCUGAAUCAGCUCCAGUCGCGCAGUCGAGGUCAUACGAUUUCGAAGUGCAGGUGAGAGAUGGCUGUGUACGUGAGCUAGCCAUAACAAACUUUGUGACGACGACGGCUACAUUUACGUGGAAUAUCCACCAGCUGAGGAGGUUGCCAAAAGGUAUAUUCGAAGCAUCGUCGCCAGUGUUUGAGCACCCCAGUGCCAGCAGAUGGAGCAUGGAACUGUCCAAAGACCACAACGAUGCCUUCUACCUGGGUUUCAUGCUGAUCUCUUCUGAGAAGGGAGUACCUGUGAGAGCCACCAUCAAGACCAAGGCCAAAUGCAAAGUUGGUCAAAUAAGAGAACUGCCUGUCAUAGAGUCUGAGCUGUUCAAAGUGGGCGAGGUGCAGCGGAAGGAAUGGCUGCGAGGAUUCAGCCAGCCGAAGGACGUGCAGUCAGACGAGCUACUGCUGGAGAGCGAGGUGGUCGUUGUGCGGUGCGUGGCGGAGUCCGCUCCAGGACCCGCCAGCAGUCUCAAGGGCGACCUGGCAACGCUGCUCGAGCUGGAGGAGGACGCUGACGUCACGCUGCUGUCCGGUUCCAGCGGGCAGCGGCUGAGGGCGCCCCAUCUGCCUUAG